GAGCCCCGCGGCGGCACCACCUGGGCUGGUGGGACGGAUCGUCGCCCGCGGCGCUUUCGCUGCCGCUUGUGAAGAUUUUUAUUUGCUUCCGCACAAUCACGCCCACGGGCGCUGUGUGCGUGUGUUGGGUUGGCUUUUUUUUUUUUCCUUUUUUUUUUUUUGCCUCCUUCUUCUUCUGGUGGUGGAAAGCCCUAAUUACUGCGAUUGCUGAUGGACCUUGGAAAGAAGGCUGCACUGGUGCCCCGCUCCGCAGUCGGACACGCUCAGCCCACGCCGGACAGAGCGACCGCUCGCCCGCCGCCCCCCGCCAGCUCCGCGGGCCCCCGCGCUCCCCCGGCAGCCGCCGCCGUCCGCUGCCUGGGAGGAUACCGCCCGGCUCCCGCGAUCCAGGAUUUUACUUUCGCCUCGCCCUUUCCCCUCCUGCUCUGCUUGGAUUACUUGGCUGCUCUCGCUCGGUGAUCCCGCGGCAAUGGAGAAAUCCACUGCAGUAUUAAUCCAAGGAGGUGCUUUGGGGACAGUUGGCAGUACAAUGGCUUCUCAGUACCUCGUAGUGGCUCUGGCCAUUUUCUCCUCUUUUACCCAGGUUGUAAUAGAAGCCAGCUCUUGGUGGUCUUUAGGGAUGAACCCUAUGAACCCCAUGAACCCUGUUCAGAUGUCAGAGGUAUAUAUCAUAGGAGCCCAGCCACUCUGUAGCCAGCUAGCAGGGCUUUCCCAAGGACAGAAGAAACUCUGCCAGUUGUAUCAGGACCACAUGCAGUUCAUUGGAGAGGGUGCAAAGACGGGCAUUAAGGAGUGCCAGUAUCAGUUCAGACAUAGAAGAUGGAACUGCAGCACUGUGGACAACAACUCUGUUUUUGGCAGAGUCAUGCAGAUAGGCAGCCGGGAGACGGCGUUCACCUACGCGGUGAGCGCGGCCGGGGUGGUCAACGCCAUGAGCCGUGCCUGCCGGGAGGGCGAGCUCUCCUCCUGCGGCUGCAGCCGAGCAGCGCGGCCCAAGGACUUGCCCCGGGACUGGCUUUGGGGUGGCUGCGGGGAUAACAUCGAAUACGGAUACCGCUUCGCCAAGGAGUUCGUUGAUGCCCGGGAGCGCGAGAGAGUUUACCAGAGAGGCUCCUACGAGAGCGCCCGCAUCAUGAUGAACCUGCACAACAACGAGGCCGGGAGAAGAACUGUGUACAACCUGGCUGACGUGGCCUGUAAGUGCCACGGCGUCUCCGGUUCCUGUAGCCUGAAGACCUGUUGGCUGCAGCUUGCCGAUUUCCGCAAGGUAGGCGAUGCCCUGAAGGAGAAAUACGAUAGCGCCGCCGCCAUGAAACUCAACAGCCGGGGCAAGCUGGUGCAAGUGAACAGCCGCUUCAACGCGCCCACCAUCCACGACCUGGUCUACAUCGAUCCCAGCCCCGACUACUGCGUGCGCAACGAGAGCACCGGCUCCCUGGGCACCCAGGGCCGCCUUUGCAAUAAGACCUCGGAGGGCAUGGACGGCUGCGAACUCAUGUGCUGCGGCCGGGGCUACGACCAGUUCAAGACGGUGCAGCGCGAGCGCUGCCACUGCAAGUUCCACUGGUGCUGCUACGUGAAAUGCAAGUUGUGCACAGAGAUCGUGGACCAGUUUGUGUGCAAAUAGGGGACGGACAAGGUGGGGGGAACUGCGGCCACCUGCCAGCAAAGGGGUGCAGGCCCCUCUCCCUUUCCACAGGACUAUCUCCACUUUAUUUAUAGAGUCUAACGAGUUGUCGUCUUCUUUAA